AUGGCAGAGAACUCCCAGCAAUUUGGCUUCCGUGAUAGCAACCCUCCCCGUAGAGUCAACGAGACUCGUGCCCCAUUUUGCAAGAGGACGGGGCGGAACAGUUAUGGGAACAGGCAACAAAAUGCAUUUCCAAAUCGUCCACCAGGAUUCCACCAGCCAUGGCAACCAAAAUCGCAUCCCUCGUCCUCCAACUCAGGAAGUUCUCUGGAGGACCUAGUCAAAAACCUGGCCACGACUACUACCAACCUGGCCACGACUACUACCCAACUUCAACAGGAGAUCAGAUCCUUAGCCGCGAAUACCGCGCAGCUCCAGCAGGACACCAAAGCUGACAAGAAGGACCAAGACGUUCGAAUAAGCCAACUGGCAACUGCCAUCAACCGCUUGGAGUCCCACGUUUAUGGAAAACUACCAUCGCAACCCGAGGUAAAUCCCAGAAAUGUAAGUGCCAUGACGCUGAGGAGUGGCAAGGAACUGGAAGGGCCUAAAGUGGAAAGUUCAAAAAGUAAAAAUGAAGAGGAGAUAGAGAAGGAAAUUGAAGAGGAAAGGCGUAUUCGCAAGGAUCCUAAGGUAACCUUCACUCCUCCGCCCACUAUUAAAUCUAACUUACCUCCUUUUCCUUGCAGGCUGGAGAAGACAAAAAAGGUAGAGAAGGAAAAAGAGCUUUUAGAUGUGUUCCGAAAAGUGGAGAUUAACAUCCCUUUACUGGAUGCAAUCAAGCAGAUACCGAAAUACGCUAAAUUUCUCAAGGAUCUGUGCACCCAUAAGAGGAAACUGAGAGGGGACGAAAGAAUAGCGGUGGGAGAGAAUGUGUCAGCAAUGCUCCAAAGAAAGCUUCCACCCAAGUGCGGAGAUCCAGGUAUGUUCACGAUCCCCUGUAAGAUCGGGAAUACACCGAUCAGGAAAGCAAUGUUAGAUUUAGGGGCGUCAAUCAAUGUGAUGCCAAAGACCAUUUUUGCUUCUCUAAAUCUUGGGCCACUUAAAGAAACAGCCAUCAUAAUCCAACUAGCUGAUCGCACAAAUGCAUAUCCAGAGGGGCUAGUUGAGGAUGUCUUGGUUCAGGUAAAUGAAUUGGUCUUCCCUGCAGAUUUUUACAUCUUGGACAUGGGAGAUGAAAAAUCAUUAAAUCCUUCACCUAUCUUGUUAGGUAGACCAUUUCUUAGCACUGCUAGAACUAAGAUAGAUGUGAAUGAGGGUACUUUGUCAAUGGAAUUUGAUGGUGAAACUGUGAAUUUCAAUAUUUUUGAUGUGAUGAAGUAUCCAGAGGAAUCUAACUCGGUCUUUGCUGUGAGCGCUAUUGAGCCUUUUGUGCAGGAAACUUUUGAAUUAGAUGGCAAAGACGCAUUGGAAGUGGCUCUAAUCAAGCAUCUGGAGUUGGGUGUAACUCUUGAUGUGGACCUAAGGGAAGAUUUGCUCUAUGCUGUUGAAGCCUUACACUCACUUCCACCCGUAUCCCCAAGGUAUGAACUUGCUUCUCUUUUUGUGCCAGAGGCUCAGACAAAGUUGCUCCCUUCAGUUGUGCAGGCACCGGAGUUAGAAUUAAAACCUCUCCCGAAGCAUCUAAAGUACGCAUUCCUAGGAGACCGGGAUACACUCCCGGUGAUCAUCUCUUCACACCUAUCUCCAAAUCAAGAGGACAAACUGGUGCGAAUCCUUAGGGAGCAUAAGGAAGCAAUUGGAUGGAGCAUAGCCGAUAUUAAAGGGAUCAACCCGUCCUUGUGCAUGCACCGGAUAAGACUCGAAGAUGAUGCAAAGCCAGUGAGGCAAGCACAGCGAAGAUUGAACCCUCUGAUGAUGGAAGUUGUGAAAAAGGAGAUACUCAAGCUUCUGGAGGUAGGGAUCAUUUUCGCUAUUUCAGAUAGUCCGUGGGUGAGUCCUGUCCAAGUGGUCCCGAAGAAGGCGGGGGUGACCGUGGAGGAGAACCAGGAGGGUGAUAUGGUCCCGGUCAGAAAAGCUACUGGCUGA